AUGCAGUUCUUGUCGCCAUCAAAGCUGCUGCUAGCAGCUGGCCUCCUCAAUGCCGCUCUAGCACACAACAUCCAGCUUCCUGCCCAUGGCCGAGAAUGCUUCCACGAGCAGCUGCACAAGGACGACAAGAUGACCGUCACCUUCCAAGUCGGCGACAGAGAAUUCGGUAGUGCUGGAAACUUGGACAUCGACUUCUGGAUCACCAAUCCCCAGGGCCAGUACGAGGUCUUUGAAAAGUCUACUUCUAACGGCGACCACUCCUUUGACGCGAGACACGACGGCAAGUACGUCUACUGCUUCGGCAACGAGCAUUGGGGUGCGUCCAGCAAGGAGGUUUCGUUCAAUGUCCACGGUAUCGUCUACGUUUCCGAAUCCGACGCGCCGCAGGAUCCUCUAGAGGCAGAAGUGAGAAAACUGUCUGAUCUCCUUGCGCAAGUCAAGGACGAGCAGUCCUACAUUGUCGUCCGAGAGCGCACCCACCGAAACACCGCCGAGAGCACCAACAGCCGAGUCAAGUGGUGGAACCUGUUCAUCCUCGGCGUCGUCGUCGGCGAGUCCAUCUUCCAGGUCUGGUGGCUGCGCCGGUUCUUCGAGGUGAAGAGGGUGGUGUAA